AUGCGUCCUCAUCUUGCACGAGUCCUCAAUGUUGCCGGUACCAUUCAUUUGGAUUAUUAUUGGCGGACCAAUCACAAACCAAUAAUUGGACCAAGUAUUGCACCUAUCAAAUGGCUUCCUCCUCCUCUUGGCUGGUACAAAAUAAAAUUUGAUGGCUCCAUGAGAUGCAACCAUGCUGCAAUUCGCUUUGUUAUUAGAGAUGAUAAUGCACAUGUUGUUUUGGCUGGUGCUAAGAAGAUUGGUCGCAAUUCUAUUAUUGUGGCGGAAUGUUUAACGCUUAGAGAUGACUUGGCUUAUGCUGUUUCGAAGGGAUGGUCCAAGCUCUUAGUUGAAGGGGAUUCUAAACUUGUCAUUGACUUAGUUUUGAAGCGAUGCUCGACUCCCUAG